CAAAGAAGGUUAUUGGAAAAUUCGUUUAAUUUUUCAGCUUGAUAUAAAUUGAAUAUUUAUCCCCUACUUUGACUUUCCAAUUUCUUUUCCCUCUCUUUUUUCUUUCUUUUCUCUCUUUCUUUCCUCAAAACUAAUAGUUUGUACUUUUCUACCAUCUAUUAAUUUACCUCUUGUUUGUUUAAAGUAAAGAUGUCUUUCAGAACUGCUUCCCUACAAUUAGCCAAAGUCGCUGCUGCCCGUCAAAUUGUCUCCAAGAGAGCUUUAUCUGUUUUAGCUUCUUCUGCUGUCAGACGUCCAGCUUUUAACGCCUCUGUUAGAAACUUGAACAUUUCUAGAGGUAUUAAAACUAUCAACUUUGGUGGUACCCAGGAAGUUGUUCACGAAAGAGCUGACUGGCCUCGUGAAAAAUUAUUAGACUACUUCAAAAAUGACACUUUAGCCUUAAUUGGUUACGGUUCUCAAGGCCAUGGUCAAGGUCUUAACUUGAGAGACAACGGUAUUAAUGUUAUCAUUGGUGUUCGUAAAAACGGUUCAUCGUGGAAAGCUGCUAUUCAAGAUGGUUGGGUUCCAGGUAAAAAUCUUUUUCCAAUUGAAGAAGCCAUUAAAAAAGGUACUUAUGUUAUGAAUUUAUUGUCUGAUGCUGCUCAAUCAGAAACCUGGGCUUCUCUCAAGCCAUUGUUAACCUCUGACAAAACUUUGUACUUUUCUCACGGUUUCUCCCCAGUUUUCUCAAACUUAACCAAAGUCGAACCACCAAAAGAUCUUGAUGUUAUCUUGGUUGCUCCAAAAGGUUCUGGUAGAACUGUCAGAUCUUUAUUCAAAGAAGGUAGAGGUAUCAACUCAUCCUAUGCUGUCUGGAAUGAUGUCACUGGUAAGGCCGAAGAAAAAGCUUUAGCCUUAUCCAUUGCUAUUGGUUCUGGUUACGUUUACAAAACCACUUUUGAAAGAGAAGUCAACUCUGAUUUAUACGGUGAAAGAGGUUGUUUAAUGGGUGGUAUCCAUGGUAUGUUCUUAGCUCAAUACGAUGUCUUAAGAGAAAAUGGCCACACCCCUUCAGAAGCUUUUAAUGAAACUGUUGAAGAAGCCACUCAAUCAUUAUACCCAUUAAUUGGUGCUAAAGGUAUGGACUACAUGUACGAUGCUUGUUCCACCACUGCCAGAAGAGGUGCUUUGGACUGGUACCCAAAAUUCAGAGAAGUUUUGAAACCAGUCUUUGAAGAAUUAUAUUCCUCAGUUAAAACUGGCGCUGAAACUCAACGUUCAUUAGAUUUCAACUCUCAACCAGAUUACCGUGAAAGAUUAGAAGAAGAAUUAAAUGUUAUUAGAAACAUGGAAAUCUGGCAAGUUGGUAAAGAAGUUAGAAAAUUACGUCCAGAAAACCAUUAAAUUUAAUAUUUGCUGAAGCAAUCGUUUAAUUUGAUUUAUUCUGGCUUUUUUUCAUUACAUUCUUCUAUUCAACCAAACAAUAUUCUAUGAUCAAGAAUGAUCUUUAUGAAUUAAUGAAAGAAAUUAAGAUAAUGACAAUUUUUUAAAUAAAUACUUUGUUAACAUUUUUAUAACUCCAAUGCUUUUUCUUUUUCAGUUUUUUUUAAUUUUUUUAAUUUCAUUUUCUAAGUGUAUAUAUACAUUGUUUGGGAUCGUUGGUUUUUUUAUAAAAUUAUACAUUCAUAAUAGUCUUAAUAGAAUGACUUGAGUUUUUU